CGGAGAUCGGAACCCUAACCUCCGCCUGUUAACUCUUCGGCACCUCAUCCACAUGUGAUCCCCGGCCCCGGCCUCCUCUCCUCUUCCCAUCCUGAUUCGCUCUUUCUUCAUUUCCUCCCUCUCAUCUGCAUCGCCGGCACGGGUGUCACGGUUACUUAUGGUUGUGACACAGGGAACCCCACUUGUUUCUGCUUAGCUACGUUUCAUUUCACCAUGUCUUCCGCAUCAACCGUCUCCCAAUCUAUGUCACUACCUGCUCCUCCUACUUCUAAUUCUGCAGCUAAUGGAUCUUCAAUUCCCAAUUUGAUUCCGGCCACUUUACCAGUUCCUCCUGCCCAAUCUUUCCAUAUUCACCAACUAGCGCCUGGAACUCCGAUGGUACCUGGUCCACCGGGAAUGUCACCGUCUAUGCCAGUUAUGUUUCCACCUAGCGAUUCAUCUGCUUCUUCCACUAUCCCAGGACCCAAUAUGCAUGCAGCUCCUAACUCAAUAAAUACUUCUGUUCGUCCACAAAUAUGUGGUUCCUAUCCUUCUCUAGCUCCCGUUGUUUCUCCACCUCAUGCGAUCUGGUUUCAGCCUCCUCAGUUGGGAGGCAUGCCCAGACCUCCCUUUCUGCCGUACCCUGCUUCUUAUCAUGGCCCGCUUCCUUUUCCUGCCCGUGGAAUGCACCUACCUUCUGUUCCAUUGCCCGAUCCUCAACCUCCUGGUGUUACCCCUGUUCAAGUUUCAUCGGCCACUGCUGUGCCAUCUACUCAUGGAAGUCAUCUUACUGGAAAUUCGUUGAUCCAGACAGACUUCAAUCAUCCUGAACUUGAUGCCCAUAAACACGCUCAAGGUAUGGGCCAAUCUGAGAGUAUUUCUUUAAGUAAGCACUCGGAGAAUUGGACUGCCCACAAGACUGAGUCAGGAAUAAUGUACUACUAUAAUGCCUUGACAGGAGAAUCUACUUAUGAAAAGCCUUCUGGAUUUAAAGGGGAGCCUGACAAUCUCAUGGUGCAACCAACAUCUGUUUCAAUGUCAAACCUGUCCGGUACGGAUUGGGUUUUGGUUACUAUGGGUGAUGGUAAAAAGUAUUACUACAACAACAAGACAAAGAUAAGCAGUUGGCAGAUCCCAAAUGAAGUAACUGAAUUGAGGCAGCAGAAUGAUGAAAAAACAAAAGAACAUUCAGCUCCUUUGCCAAAUAAUCAUGCGUUGACUGAACCAGGAUCUUCCCCUAUCAGUAUGAAUACUCCUGCCAUCAACACAGGAGGUCGUGAAGCCAUGCCUCUUAGAACUGUAGGAGUUUCAGGGCCAUCUUCUGCCCUGGAUUUGAUCAAGAAAAAAUUGCAAGAGUCUGGAACUCCUGUAGCUUCCUCGCCUAUUUCAGCUCCAACAAUAGCUCAAUCAGAUGUGAAUCUGCCGAGAGAUGCUGAUGCUGCAGUUAAGGCACUGCAGACUGAGAACAGCAAGGUUAAGCCGAAAGAUGCCAAUGGUGAUGGAAAUGUAUCCGACUCCUCCUCGGACUCUGAGGAUGUAGACAGUGGACCAACUAAUGAGCAGUUAAUUAUUCAGUUUAAGGAAAUGCUUAAGGAGCGGGGAGUGGCACCAUUCUCUAAAUGGGACAAGGAAUUGCCGAAGAUAGUUUUUGAUCCCCGUUUUAAGGCUAUUCCUAGUUAUUCAGCUAGGAGGUCCUUGUUUGAACACUUUGUUAAGACCCGUGCUGAGGAGGAACGUAAGGAGAAAAGAGCUGCUCAGAAGGCUGCAAUAGAGGGAUUUAAACAGUUACUGGAUAGUGCAUCUGAGGAUAUUGAUCACACAACUAGUUAUCAAACAUUCAAAAAGAAAUGGGGCAAUGACCCGCGGUUUGAAGCUUUGGAUCGUAAGGAUCGGGAGAAUUUAUUGAGUGAAAGGGUCCUUUGUCUGAAGAAGGCUGCCGUUGAAAAGGCUCAAGCUUUAUGGGCUGCUUCCACCACGAGUUUCAAGUCCAUGCUGCAGGAGAGAGGAGAUAUCAACGUCAAUUCCCGUUGGUUGAGGGUAAAAGAUAGUCUACGGGAUGACCCAAGAUAUAGAUCUGUUAAGCAUGAGGACCGUGAGAUGUUAUUCAACGAGUACAUAUCUGAACUUAAGGCUGUUGAGGAAGAAAAGCAGCGCGAGUCAAAAGCUAAAAAGGAGGAGCAGGAGAAACUGAAGGAAAGGGAGAGAGAAUGGCGGAAACGGAAGGAAAGAGAAGAGCAAGAAAUGGAAAGGGUGCGCCUAAAAGUACGGAAGAAAGAGGCUGUUGCAUCUUUUCAAGCAUUGCUUGUUGAGUCGAUCAAAGACCCUCAGGCCUCUUGGUCUGAGUCAAAAGUUAAAUUGGAGAAGGAUCCGCAAGGGCGUGCAUCCAAUCCUGAUUUAGAUUCAUCUGACACAGAAAAGCUAUUCAGAGAACAUGUAAAGAUGCUGCAAGAGCGGUGUGCAAACGAGUUUAGAACUCUAUUAUCUGAAGCAUUUACAGCCGAGGUAGUUUCUCAGGCAUCUGAAGAUGGAAAGACAGUUCUUAAUUCAUGGACAAUGGCCAAACGAACAUUGAAACCCGAUCCCAGAUACAGUAAACUCCCAAGGAAGGAAAGGGAAGCACUUUGGCGUCGAUAUGCUGAUGAUACAUUGCGGAAGCAGAAGUCAGCAAAUGAUCACAAGGUAGAAAAACAUAGCAAUUCAAAGAGUAGAUCAACCAAUGUCGCUGGAAAAUUACCUUCUAAACCAAGAAUUCACGAGUGAAGAAAGAAGUCUCUCGUUCGAAUUUUUGGUCUACAGGCAGACGUCUCUCCUCCCAUCACGACGAUUCCUUCAGUACUAAUUUAAUUAGUUUUUUCUAAUGUACCUUUUCGGUGUUUUGUUAGCCUACUAAAAAACCUAUACAUGUACUGCCGAAGGAACUGGUUCAGCAAUUAAAAUAGUUUAGAGUACAAUUCCUUUCG